CACCCUUACCUCUCUCUUCACCUUCUCAACGUUAGCGGCGAUGUGGUCACCGCCCUUGGCCUCAAUGGACCUGGACGCCGGAUCUCCGCCCUUCGGUCGGCUGCUUCCACGGCGAAGCACGCUGGUGACGGUUGCCAGCCGCCAGCCCUCCCCGUUCCGCCCCUCCUCCUCCGCCGUCCCGUUCUCCUGGGAGCACCGGCCGGGCAUUCCCAAGACCCCCGCCCGCUCGUCGGCCCCCCUCCUCCUCCUCCCCCUCCUCCCCCUCCCUCCCCCUCUCCGACCCACCCCCGCCGGCUCCCGCAAGAAGCGCGCCAUCGCCUCCCCCGCCACCGCCGCCGUCGCACCCGACCCCUUCGCGGCCGCGCUCGCGGAGUGCGCCAAGGCCCCGCGGGGGCCCUCCAUCGAGGAGCUCUUCUCUCGGAGAGCCUCGUCCGUGGACCGGCCCCGAAGGGGCCCCGCGUCGUCGUCCAUCUCCGACCGGCUCGGUCUCUUCGGUCUCCACGCCUCGUGCAAGGCGACGUGCGCCGUGGCGGAGUCGGCCGUCCACGUCCCCCGGCCCGCGAUCCGAACCGGCGCUUCGUACGGGCCAUUGAACCGCCGGCCCAUUAGUCACCGACCCGGUCCAAAGAAAUAAUGCUUCGUGAGGCAUGCAAUGUACUGUGUGAUUAAUAGUUAUUGUCCCUAUCACGGUCGUUUUCCUUUGUUUCCUUUCUCUAUAGCUAGGAACUUAAUAUGAUAUAGAAGGAAUAAGUUGGCCUAACAAGAACCGUCAACACAUGAGAUGAGAUCAAGAUCACUGGGAACACAUGAUGAUUGAUGUACUGUUGUUGUUGUCUGUAGUCUAAUUAGCUCCUGUGUGUGUGUAUAUAUAUUUUAAUUCCUCGAGCGGAUUGCAAUGUUGUGAGAUCAUUGGUGGAGUGGUUUGAUUUGGGUAGCCUGGUAAGCUUUUUAUAUAGAAGACAGUACAACACAAGAUAAGGGGUGGGUUUGUCGGAGAUCGGAUCAUUAACACCAC